CAGGGUGAGUAAAUCAAACACCCAGACUCGAUCGGCAGCUGGUCCUCUGCAUGCUACAGCUACAGACGUUCAUCUUCUCUUUAUUCUAUCUGCUGCUCCUGAUAAAUAAGCAGCAGGUUGUUGUUUUUAUUGUUUUGGCUUGUGUCCAGUGCAGUGACUGGAUGAGUGUGAGCAGCUGAUGUAAAACAGACACCGUCUCCUCAUCUCCUCCUCCUCCCUAAAUGACAGGGAGCCUUCAUCGCCCAGAGGAAAACAUUGAUCGUUUCAAAGAUUAGCAGUUUAUUCUCUCAGCCAGUCAAAUACAGAGACACUAAUGGCGACCGGUGCCAAGAGACCCUCCCUGCAGGGCCCAGUGCCCCCUCCUCGUAAGAAGACCACCCCUAAAGCAGAGCUGACCGAGGAGCAGAAGCAGGAGAUCAGAGAGGCCUUCGAGCUGUUUGACACCGAUGGGUCUGGAUUCAUUGAUGUCAAAGAGCUCAAGGUCGCGAUGAGAGCUCUGGGGUUUGAGCCGAAGAAAGAGGAGAUCAAGAAGAUGAUUGGUGAAGUGGAUAAGGGAGGAACUGGGAGGGUCUCCUUUGUCGACUUCCUCAGUGUCAUGACACAGAAAAUGGUAGAGAAAGACUCCAAGGAGGAGAUCCUGAAAGCGUUCCGUCUGUUUGACGACGACGAGACCGGAAAGAUCUCCUUCAAGAAUCUGAAGCGAGUGGCCAAAGAGCUCGGAGAGAACCUGACGGAUGAAGAGCUGCGGGAGAUGAUCGAUGAGGCUGACCGAGACGGGGACGGAGAAGUCAACCAGCAGGAGUUCCUGCGCAUUAUGAAGAAAACCUGCCUGUACUGAGGGAAGGAAGCGUGACGUCAGGAUUGUUGAUAGAGUGCAGAGGGGACGAGCGAUGGUUUUACAUGUAAUGCUGCUCUUGCGCAUAUAUAUCUAUAACUCUAUCUCAAAAUUCUCCUUCUUUUUAUGUGGUGCCAUACAUUGUCACUUAUAAAGGUUUAUAUGUCAUGAUCCACUGAUACAUCCUCCAUUUACUCACAUUGCAUUUGCCAAAACCAGGAAGACGCUCUUUCUGUGAAAUGCUGCAAAUUUUUACGAAGAACACAUUUAGUACGAUAAAAUGCUUGAAAGGUUAUUCAAGGAAUUCUUAGUGCCUGCCUCAACACCGUGAUGACACAGAACCUUCCAGUGCUUUUAUUGACAACACAAAGUGUGUGGAGUAAGAUUCAACCAUCUGUACGAUGCUUGAUGUUGCACUGGAGAUUUGUAAUAUGAGAUGUUGGGUCACUGCUGACGACUGGAGCGUGCUGUCUCACCUCAGUGCUACCUGUGGAUUUGUGCCUGUGCCUCUUAAAGGGGGUGAUCACAAUCAGGGAAGCUGCCCAAACCUCUCUGACCUGCGCACCUUCCCCACAAGUCUCAUUGUCUUUCAAAAAACGUGGUAGAUUGUUGAUGUGUUUUUCUUGUAGCAUUGACUGUGUAUCCUUCCGUUGCGUACAUCUUGAUGAUCGUUUUGUAUGAUAUAGAGUACGGUGCAUAUACAGCAUAUCAGUGUUUAAUAUACAAAUUAAAUAUCUUGAAGCAUU